CUUUUUUUAUUUUCGUUUUGCAUUUGCAUGUGUGUUCGCAGUCUUCGUUAAUGUCAAAAUUUCUAACAGUGGGCUGGUCGGUCCAGAGAUUUCAUGCUCAAGACGUUUUUGUGAAAAAUUAUCAUAAUAGUGACUAAUAUUGAUGAUUUAAUAAACAAUAGUUUGCAAUAAAAUAAAUUUAUCAAAAUUUGACUAAAAAUAUACCUAAGUUCGUCUAAAAUCAAUUAGUGUACCGCGCCUCGGGUUGACGGCGGUAACAUUGUGUAUAUACUGCCUUGAAAAUUCGACAAAUGGGGAAAAAUACAUGCAUUUAUAUACUCAAUAAUGGACAUUAACGCAAAUGCUUGAUAAAUACCGAAGGAAAUAAGCUCUUUAAGAAAAUGAGUACAAUGAAUUGGAACUUUAAUCUUUUAAAGAAUCAUACGACUUAUUAUGUGUCCUAAAACUUCCGAAUCAAAAAUAAAAUUGCUAUUUAAAGAAAGUCCUAUAUGCGUGUAAAUCAUUAUAUUUAAAACCACUCCUUGUAAAUUGCUUUCUAAUGCACCAGCGUAUAUUACGUGCAAUGCAAAAUUAUUCAACUAUACCCUACCCAAAAAAUAUAAAGGUGCAAUAAUAACUUUAGUGUACAAUCAGUUGCUAAGAGGUUAUCGAGCAUAAAAUGCAAGCUAAAAAACGAUAUAUCUUGGUUUUUGUGUCAUGUGCGUUUCUUGCAUACUGCUAUUUUGGGGGAUAUCGACUUAAAAAGAGUGAUGGACCACAUCGAAAUCUUCAAGUAGUGGAUUCUGUAACCCGUGCUCGCCUCCUUGAAAAAUUACCAAGUUAUAAACUUGGGGAUAGUGUUCAAAUGUUACAAGGGAUCGAUAAAAUGAAUAAAGCAGCGAAUAAGGUGAAUAAAAUUAAGGAAAUAUCCUUGGAUGAUGGUAAUAAGGAGCGCUCUUGCAGAAUGGAAAGAUGCUUCGACUUUACAAAGUGCUAUGGAGAAUUUUUAGUAUAUGUAUAUCCCCCAGAGCCACUAAACUCUUUAGGUGCAGCGCCACCAGUUUCAGCUAAUUACCAAAAAAUAUUAUCUGCUAUUCGUGAAUCAAGAUACUAUACUUCUCAACCGGAACGGGCAUGCUUAUUUGUUUUAGCAAUUGAUACUCUUGAUAGAGAUUCCUUGUCAAAUGAUUAUGUUCGAAAUGUUCCCUCAAGACUGGCACGUCUAACGUAUUGGAAUAAUGGUAGAAAUCAUCUAAUAUUCAAUUUGUACUCUGGAACAUGGCCUGAUUAUGCAGAGGACUCUCUUGGCUUCGAUCCAGGAGAAGCAAUACUAGCAAAGGCUAGUAUGAGCGUAUUACACAUACGUCCAAACUUCGAUAUUAGCAUUCCACUUUUUCAUAAACAAUUCCCUCUGCGUUCGGGGUCUUCUGGCUUGGUUCAGACCAAUAAUUUUCCGGCAAACAAAAAAUAUUUAUUGGCGUUUAAAGGAAAGAGAUAUGUCCAUGGUAUUGGCUCUGAGACACGCAACUCGUUAUUUCAUUUACACAAUGGACGGGAUAUCAUCCUGGUCACGACUUGUCGACAUGGUAAGAGUUGGCGCGAGCUUCAGGACGGCAGGUGCGAUGAGGAUAAUCGCGAAUAUGACAAAUAUGACUAUGAGACGUUGCUGCAGAACUCUACAUUUUGUUUAGUGCCACGUGGAAGGCGUUUGGGAUCAUUUCGGUUUUUAGAAGCACUACAAGCUGGUUGUAUUCCUGUACUGUUAUCGAAUAGUUGGGUUUUACCUUUCGAGUCUAAAAUAGAUUGGAAGGAAGCUGUUAUAUGGGCCGAUGAAAGAUUAUUACUUCAGGUACCGGAAGUAGUACGCUCAAUAUCACUGGAACGAAUUUUAGCCUUACGCCAGCAAACGCAAGUACUUUGGGAACGAUAUUUUGGUUCGAUUGAAAAAAUAGUUUUUACAACAUUUGAGAUAAUUAGAGAACGCUUACCAGAUUAUCCCGUUCGCAAUACUUUUAUAUGGAAUACAUCACCAGGCGCUCUCCUAACGCUUCCAACAUUUGCUGAUAGCUCUAGGUAUAUGCCAUUUUUAUUGGACUCCAUGGGUGUUGAACCACGUCAUAAUUAUACAGCUGUCAUUUAUGUUCAAAUUGGUUCAAUAUUGGGACCAAACACCGCUUUAUACAAGUUAAUCAAAACGAUUUCUAAAAGUCAAUUUGUAGAUAGAAUUUUGGUCCUUUGGGCGGCUGAUCGUCCUAUUCCGUCGAAGAAAAGAUGGCCUACAACCUAUCAUAUACCCUUCCACAUAAUAACUUUAAGUGGCUUAACUAUUGGAAAAUCACUCCGUUCAAUGAAGAAUGAUGCCAGUGAAAAGUUUUUUAAUGGAACCAUUCUAACUGCGCAAGCACCACCUCAUCUUCAAGAUUUCAAGCACUUUAAGGAUGAAACUUUUGAUAUUUUCGAUGAGCGCCCAAGCAUAUCACAACGCUUUUAUCCAUAUCCGGAAAUACAAACGGACGCGGUACUCUCAUUGGAUGAGGAUUCCAUACUCAAUACGGACGAAUUGGAUUUUGCCUAUACCGUUUGGCGUGAUUUUCCGGAUCGUAUCGUUGGUUAUCCAGCGCGUGCUCACUUUUGGGACGAUACAAAGAACGCAUGGGGAUACACUUCAAAGUGGACUAACUACUAUUCCAUAGUUUUGACUGGUGCCGCUUUCUAUCAUCGAUACUAUAAUUACUUGUACACUAAUUGGUUAUCAUUAUUGCUUCUUAAGACUGUGCAACAAUCAUCCAAUUGUGAAGAUAUACUAAUGAAUUUACUAGUAUCGCAUGUAACGAGAAAACCACCGAUUAAAGUGACACAACGCAAGGGAUACAAGGAUCGAGAGACUGGACACUCACCAUGGAAUGAUCCGGAUCAUUUCAUUCAGCGACAAAGUUGCCUCAACACAUUCGCAGCAGUUUUUGGCUAUAUGCCAUUGAUACGUUCAAAUUUACGUCUUGACCCGGUAUUGUAUCGAGAUCCAGUGUCCAAUUUACGCAAGAAAUAUCGACAAAUUGAAUUGGUUGGCAGCUAGCACUACAUAAGCACAAGCUAUAGAAUGAAGCUUAACUAAACUGUGUUUAUCAGCCACAAAAAUAUACAUAAUUGUAUUCAAAAUACAAAUGGAAUGCCAUAAAAGUAGUUUACAGGUUUACAGAUCAAAUAUAUUUAUUGCAAUAAUAGACGUGGAGUUAAAGUUAUAUAGCUUGCAACUCAAUAAAUAUGAUAGUUAUACUGUGCGCAAUUGUAAUUAUCACCAGGUGUAAAGAAACACAUACUUGCAUAUGUCUGCGUGUACAAAAGUAUAUGUAUGUAGAUUGUGUACUAAAAAAAGGACAGAAAAUAAAAACAAGCGUCACAACUAUUUAUAUAAAUUAGUAAGAAGUUAUUUGUAUAUGUAAAAUGCCAUUUAUGAUAAGUCACAGCCACAAUAAUUUAGAUUCUGUAAUUAUAUUUAUAAGAUGUUAUAAGUUAACAAAUAAUGAUGUUGAUGAUGACAUGACAUGAUGGUGAUUACUUUAGGUCGCUAUUUUUACAAUAUAAAAACCGAAAUAGUUUAUGAUAUUUAGUUAAAUUUUUUAA